AAAAGAGAUCGCACGAUCAACCUCCAUGGAUUCUCCAUUUUCGCGGGCAAUACUUGUAUGCAUCAUCAUCUCCUCCAUAUUCCUUUCAGUUUCUUCAUCUCCAAACACGUCCUUAGGGAUCGAUGCGGAAGAAAGAGAUGAAAGCAUAGUAGGGCGUAGACAUUUGAUGAGCUUCAAAGAAAUGCCUAUUGGUACAAAUAUCACUUACGAUUGUUCUCCUUCUGGUCCUUGUGUUCCUUGUACUUACUCCGAAAAGAAGGAUGAAAAGUAUAGGUGCAGUGAAACUGGGUAUCGUAUCCCUUUCAAAUGUAUAGAGAUUAAAGCUAGUUCAAAGGAAGUGAAGAGCAGUAAAGGAAAUAAGAACCGCUCUGCUCUAGAGGAGACUUAUGCUGCAGUAAGACCACAUGUCAUGAAGCAUAAUGAACAAGAUCUUACCGCCUCGGUAAGACAAAGAAAUUUGCGGGAUGAUUCAUCGACAUCAAAGAGUGGAACGCAUACGUAUAUAACGUAUAGGAGCUGUGUACUUUCAGUAAAUGAAGAGAAGCUGUCAGUACUCGGCUUUGAGGUGAUUAUGCUGGGCUUGCUGAUCGUCAGUGGUUCAACAAUAUUCUUCAAAAAAAGGCGAGCUGCUUCUGUACCUGGUGGUGGACUAGUCAGACUUCCGACUAAAUCUCGAUUCUGACUAAAAAUCUGUACGUUUGCAGCUUAGGAUUCUUUCUUUAUCAUUUUAUUUGUUUGCUCGGAGGUUGCGAUCCCAAUUGAUUUGUUGUUAAACUUGUUGAAUGCGUGUAAAGUGUUGUAAUUCAUUCUAUCAUCUUAAAUUUAGAAGAAAAUAGAGAUUUUGUAGUUCAUUCCAGCUAUCUUCAUCUCUACUAUGUCACGAUGAAGAGCAACUCUGGACUGAGUAGAAGGUGAUCAUAUCCUGUUGUACUGUAUAUUUGCUUGAACCUUUCAAAUAGUCCACAGGAUUCUUAGUCUACAACUCUUCUUUCUAUUUUUCUGUAUGGUUGGUUCAAAAUUAGAAUUUUCAGAAUCAUCGUGUUUUGCCUGUAUAUUUAUACUCUUGUUUUGAACGAGAAAUGUAUACAAGUUUAAGACAAGGAUUUUUACAUUUACGGAGAGUAGAACCGUCUUAGCACCUAAAUUCACUUUAGCACAAUCCAUAUGCUUGAAGUUUAAACAUAGUAGUACGCUACUGAAGGUAUCAAUAGAUGAAAUGAUUAUGCACCAACAUCACGCAUCUGAUUUGCUAAUUUUCUUCACAGAUUGGCCAUUCUCGGUCUUUCUUGGAGCUUUAGGAUUGGAAAACACAUGUUUACACUAUCUGAAAUGUAUCAUUAACUAGAAGCAUGAUGGUCUGACAUUAUUUGAAGCUCUUGAUUAGGUGUAAAGUUUACACCAUUGGUUGGAGCUUUAUAAAAUUCUCAAAUACAUUUCAGUAGCAUAUUCUGAAUUGAAGGGGAAAAAAGGAAAAAAAGAAAAAAGAAAAAAAAAAAAGGCACGUGUUUACUCUAUCUGAAAUUUAUUUUCAACUGAAUAAGCGCGUUUAAAAUCUUUUCAAGUAAUCAACAUCAUUUGAAACUUUUGAUUAAGGUUUACCCCAUGCUUUGGAGAUUCUCCAAAAUUCCAAAUACAUUUCUGUAACAUCUCAAGGAUUCAAAAGAACGCAUUUUCACUAUCUGAAAUUUAUCUUUAAUUAACUUGAGAAACGUGUACACAAACUUUUUGAGUCUUCACAUUAUUUGAAACUUUUGGUUGGAUCUAAAGUUUACACCAUGGUUUUCUCCAUAACAGAGGCAGAAACCAAUUGGGAGGUCCAUGUAUCUAAAAUGACUAGACAAAGUAUACAAACGCACGUCUCAAACUAGUUC